UCAGAGGAUCUUUGGACGCGCUGCUAAACGCAAGUAGUUUAUACUUCCUUUCAUCAAUAUUUAGUUUUCUCGACAGGUAGUGACUUUUUACUAGUCCUUUAUAACCUUCACCAUGUCAAAGAAGGGAAAGGAGGAGGUCUCUGACAUUUCUCCUGUCUUAUUCCUGGACACAAGUGGACAAUCAAUGCGCUUCUAUGUGAGACCCGGCCAAACUAAAACAGAACUUUAUCCGCUGGUAACUAAUGGAGGAGGCACUUUGUGUCGCAGUCAAGAGCCCGGAGUCAUUUUGCUGAUCGAUCCCGGUGACGCUACUAAUGUGACGUCGUGCCCCGGACAAAAGUACAUCUCUACAAAAUACAUCAAAGAUUGUGUAGAGCAGAACCUGCAGCUGAAUCUGGACGACUAUGUGAUUAGGGUGGGACCAUCUGUUCAGACGAGGAUGGCAACCCGUCACCAGAGCAAUGGGCGCUUGGGUUACUCGCCUGAAGAUGACGCAGCCAUCUUGAAGUUCAUGGAAAAGAGGCAACAUGAAGCCAAAGGCAACCUGGUUUGGAAAGAAAUGGAGAAACGGCGUGUGACUGAGCACAGCUGGCAGUCAAUGAGGGAUCGGUUUCUAAAGCACCUCCAGCAUAAACUCGUGAAGAAGAGUCCCACGAAAAGAAAACCGCUUUGUUUUACGCAAAGCCCCUUGCGUAAGAAGAAAGUCACUGAGAACUCAGAACCUGAGACUGAUACUUUACAAAACUCUCCUCAGAAGUCUGUCGUUGUGUCGGAUUCAUCUAAAACGCAAAUUGUCACAGAAAACAGCGUGUGUCCAGCUGUGAGGACCAACCCUCAGCCUUCUCCAGAGAGAGCCAGUUCUCCUCCAGAUGUGGCUGAUGCUGCAGGAGAGCCGCCACAGGCCUUAAAUCAUGACAAUCAGGACGGGUCUCCUGUCCCGGUCCAAGAACAAGAAACGCCAGAGCCUGAAAUGUCUAAAAGACCUGGAUUAGAUGAAGGUUGUGACGGACAAGACGUUCCAGAUGGAUCAAAGGAACAUUCAUCUCCCAACAAAACAAGACAAAGUACCUGCAAAACCGCCACGCCUGACUCUAGCAAACUUGGGAUUCUUGCAAAAGCUGCAAGAGAAUUUGAGGACUCAGAUGUGAUGGAUGAAAGUGAAGAAGGCGAAGAUCCAUUUGAACCACCAGUUGCCAAGCCGUUAGAUGCACAAGAAAGUUCAGCAUUGCCUGGAACACUAAAUAGAGAACCAGAAACUCAAACUGUGCUUAACCGAACCGGCCUCCAGGAAGCACCAGAAGCUGUUUGUCCCUCAUCGUCACCCGAGGAAGAGCGUCCAGGUCCUAGUUCCACAACUGUCCCUGCAUCUUCAUCCCACGUCUUCAUCCUCGACUCCGAGUCACAGGACAAACACAACAGCCAAACGAGAGGAACUUCAGAGGAAACUCCCUCCAAAGACUUGGUAGAACAUGUCGAGAACUUGAUGAUUAAGACCAAGAAAGACCUGGUUGAGGUGACCAAGGCACUGUUGAAAGCCAGUGGUGACUUAGCAAGAGCUCAGUCGUAUCUGCAAGAUGGCUACAACCAUGAGAUUCACGGACCUGUCUGGACCCAUCUGGACGAUGAGAUCCUCCAGUUGGCUGAUCCGUAUGAACUCGAGAAGCUUCAAUCCAAAUAUGGACCGGAGGAAGUGUCCAGGAGAAAAGAUUUCCUCACGGCUGGCAUUAACUGAGAGGAUUUGUUUGGUUCAGUGGCCGUUUUCUAAAACCAGCAGCUCAGCUAGACACAUCUAGUCACUGUUUUCAUCCAGUUUUGUAUUCUUAAAAAAUGGUAAAAUUCAGAUUUAUGUUGAUAAAUUUCUAAAUGAAUUUUGCUAAUCAUUACAUUGAUAAAUGUAUAUUAAAGUAUUUUUCUAACUGA